CUAUUAGGUAAGCUUUAAGCUCUUGCAUUGCUUGACGAAGCUAUUGCAGCCUUGCACCUACGGUAUGCACCUAGCUUCAAAAUAGACUUUACAUAAUUACAUUCUCCAUUCCACCAUCUCUUCAUCUUCAUUCAAUCCGAACUCAUUCAUACCUCCCUCAUCAAUACGAGAAUUCAGAUCAAUAUGUCUGUAAUACCGAUCAUAACGUUCAAGGCCGGCAUAUGCGAGAUUGAUCACUCCGACCGACCUUACAAGAUCAAAGCUUCGCCGCGACCUGGUUACAUCUAUCUCUAUUCUGAAGAUGACUUGUUUCACUUCUGCUGGCGCGAACGGAGCGCUCCCGCCAAUCAACCCGAACUAGAUCUCGUAAUGGUCCCUACUGAUGGCCACUUCGUCCCCUACGAUCCGAAAUCCCAACCCCGUCAAGCUGUCAAGCCAAACGGCCGCGUCUUCAUCCUCAAGUUCCUCUCCUCCUCUCAACGUCACCUAUUCUAUCUACAGUCGAAGCCCCAAGGUAGGACUGGGGACCCUCGCUGGUUCAGCCCUCGCGACUUGAAGAUCGGAGAGAUCGUCGACAAACUCUUGCAGGGCGAGGAUGUGGAUGUUGCGCGCGAGCUUGCUUCAAUCAACAACAGCAAUAACGAUGAUCGACGCGGGGAUGAUGGCGACGAGGCUAUGGAAGACGUCGAGGGCUCUAGCGAUCCUCGCGGAGGAAGCGGGGGUGCUGGCGCAGGCGCGACUGGCGGCGACGUGCGGGAAGAGGGAGAGGGUGCGCGAGAGGGUGGUGCUGACGGAGCUCGAGCUGCCGCCGGAGGCGCAAACGAUGCUGCCACGGCAGUAAGAAACUUCCUAAACUCGUUACAAGGAGGCGCCAGUGCAGGUGCAAGCCAAGGAGACGGCAAGUUGUACCCACUUCUGUCGGAUCUUCUUACACCACCUGUCACCGUCCCGAUGGCCCGACAGGCUUCGGAGGAACAGGUAGACAACCUACUCAACUUCCUACCCCCUUCGAUCCUCGUGCUUUCCCAACAAGCCGACCAAGGCGACUCCACAGCGGAACCGACCGCCGCAGCGAUCCAAGCCGCCAAGGAGGCGAUGAGCCUCGGCCAGAAGAAGGCGCUAUUGGAGAAGGUUUUACGAAGCCCGCAAUUCCACCAGAGUCUGGCUAGCCUGACGAUGGCGAUUCGAGACGGUGGUUUACCCAGCAUCGCGGAUGCGCUGUCGAUCAAAGUUCAAAACGGAGGGUACCUAAGGGGAAGCCAGAUGCCGCUAGGCGGCGGGGAUGCUGUGGAGGCUUUCGUCGAGGGUGUUAAGAAGAGCGUUCAAGAGAAGCAGUAGAUAAGAUGUGUCUGACCUCUGCUAUCGGAAUAGAGGAUUGGAGAUAGUUGACAGGUGCACAUACAUACUGCUAGUGUAUAGAGCUACUCUAUCUUCCUCUGAAUUUUGGCUCUAUCCUAACCUACAUCAAGGCAAGGCCGGGUUCUACUAACGUUACGGUACCCGAGACUAAGUACCCCUUUCCACUAUUAACUCGAAUCAUUCCACAGGAGACGAGAGGACAGCGAAGGUGGGUU